GACGACGCGGAUGGUUAAACGGCUUAUCGCAGUUUCCUAGUAAUAGCGCGGCAAGUGGGAAGCAGGAAGGAAGGUAUCAUAUGUUGUAAUGAAAGGACUUUCCACGUCAUCGAGGACGACUGCAGGAUCGCUUUGCAAUGAAGCUAAUACUUUUCUUUCUAACAUGUCAGAGAAUCUCAAAUCGUACAGACAAAACCUGAGAGUUUUUUUUUUUUUUUUUUUUUUGUGUUUGGUGCGAAGAAAGAGAAGUAAAGAUGAACGAUUGGGUUUCACUGGGAUUAGGUUCUAUUGGGGGAGCGUUGGUCUCCGAGGCUCUGAAAUUUGUGAUCGAAGAGGCAAAGAAGUUCAAAUCCUUCAAACCCUUAUCCAAAGAUCUCGCAGAAACGAUGGAGAGAUUGCUUCCGCUGACCAGAGAGAUCGAUUCGAUGCAAAACAAGCUGGAUCUUAGUUCAGGGGAGCUAAAGAAACUGAUGGAAACGAUCGAAAAAGCGUAUAUACUGGUUUGCAAGCUCAGAGACGACCCCGUCUGGUUCUACGAGAAGUCUCUGUACGCCAGGGAUAUAGAGGAUAUCAAUGGAGAAAUGACCAAGUUCUGUGGUAUUGAUCUACAGGUUCUUCAGUAUAGGAACCAGUUGAAGCUGCUGGGUGUUGCGGACCACCUUGUGGACAUGGUGUACAGUUUAGGUAAGAAAAUGGACGGCUUGACGAUGAGUCUUGUUCCCGCCUCUGUUUUUAGAGACCUUUGCUCUGUUCCUAAGCUUGAUAAGGCACUCGUUGGAUUGGCUUGGCCAUUGAUGGAGCUUAAGAAGAGACUCUUCGACGACUCCGUGGUUAACCUCGUGGUCUCUGCUCCUCCCGGUUGCGGGAAAACCACACUGGUUACUCAGCUUUGCCACGAGGCAGAUGUCAAAGGGCAUUUCAAGCAUAUCUUAUUUAAUGUUGUCUCAAGUACUCCCAACUUUUCGGCCAUAGUACAGAAUCUACUCCAGCACAACGGUUACGCUCCACAUACGUUUGAUAAUGAGUCUCAAGCAGCCGUUGGAUUGUGGACACUGCUGGUGAAACUCAGAAAAGACGGUCCUAUACUGUUGGUGCUGGAUGAUGUGUGGAGAGGAGCCGAGCUGUUGCUUCAGAAAUUUCGAAUUAACUUGCCAGAUUAUAAGAUCUUGGUGACUUCUCGGUUUGAUUUUCCGAGCUUUGGAUACAACUAUCAUUUGAAACCUUUGGAAGAUGGAGAUGCUAGAGCCCUUCUCAUUCAAUGGGCAUCACGGCCUGAUAAGACGUCUGACAAAGAAUAUGAAGAUCUUCUCCAAAAGAUAUUGAAACGCUGUAAUGGAUUCCCAAUAGUAAUUGAAGUAGUUGGCGUUUCACUUAAUGGACGAUCUCUAACUACAUGGAAAGGGCAGGUGGAAAGCUGGACUCUAGGGGAAACUAUUCUUGACAGUCCUUCUCAGCCUACUGUGUUGGAAUGUCUGCAGCCUAGCUUCGAUGCACUGGUACCUAAUCUCAAAGAGUGUUUCUUGGACAUGGGCUCGUUUCUUGAGGACCAAAGGAUACGUGCUUCUGUAAUCAUUGACAUAUGGAUGGAACUAUACGGUAAAAGUAGUAGUAUCUUGUGUAUGAAGUACCUUGAAGACCUUGCCUCUCAGAAUCUACUUAAACUUGUUCCUCUCGGGAAUGAGACUGAAGAUGGUUUCUACAAUGAGUUCUUAGUCACUCAACAUGAUAUCCUUAGGGAGUUGGCUAUCCAUCAAAGCGAAUCAGAAGCAAUCUUGGAAAGGAAGAGACUGAACUUGGAGAUAAGAGAGGAUACAUUUCCAGACUGGUGUUUGAAUGGACCUGUUGUUAAUGCCUCUCUAUUGUCUAUCUCCACAGAUGAUUCGUUCUCAUCAAAUUGGGUUAAGGUAGAUUGUCCCAGUGUGGAGGCUUUAGUUCUGAAUCUUUCUUCAUUGGACUAUGCAUUACCAAGCUUCAUUGCUGGAAUGAGGAAGCUAAAGGUUCUGACAAUAACUAAUCACGGUUUCUAUCCAGCAAGCUUGAGAAACUUUUCAUGUCUCCGCUUAUUACCAAACCUUAAACGGAUCAGAUUAGAAAAAGUUUCAGUCACGUUGCUGGACAUUGUUCAGUUGAACCUCCGCAGUCUCAAGAAGUUGUCUUUGGUUAUGUGUAGUUUCGGUGAGGUUUACUAUGACACUGAAGAAGUAGAUGUCUCUAAAGCUCUGCCUAGUUUACAAGAGAUUGACAUAGACUAUUGCUAUGAUCUUGAUGAGUUACCAUAUUGGGUCUGUGAAGUUGUGUCAUUGAAGACACUUAGCAUCACAAACUGUAACAAGCUCACUUUACUUCCUGAAGCUAUAGGCAACUUGCAUAAGUUGGAAGUGUUGAGGGUGAGUUCUUGCAUUAAUCUCUCUGAGCUGCCUGAAAAGACUGACAGACUCAGCAAUUUGCGGUUUCUGGAUAUAUCUCAUUGCUUGGGAUUGAGAAAGUUACCUUUAGAGAUUGGGAAGCUGCAGAAGCUGAAGAAGAUCUCGAUGAGAAAGUGUUGGAGGUGCGAGUUGCCAGAUUCAGUGAAGGAUCUAGAGGAUCUGGAGGUGAAAUGUGAGGAAGAAACUAGGUUGAUUUUGUGGGAAAGGUUGAAGCCAAAAAUGAGAAAUUUGAGAGUUCAUGAGGAGGAAACAGAGCACAACCUCAACUUGCUUCAAAUGUUUUAGGUUUUUUUUUUUUGAAAGCUGGUUAAAAAUGUUUUAGGUUGUGAGUGAAAUAACAUUUUUCAUAUCUUGUUUUUGUCUUGUAAUAUUGUUAUUCUCAUCAUAUGUAACUAGAACAUGUUAUUUCAAAGUACAUAUUUGAUUAGAUUUUUACUUCAA